AGAAUCUAUAUGUAGUAAAAACUCUACGAGAGUUCCAAUAUAUAGAUGAUGAUGGGAAAGAUCAAGGUCAAAAUGUACGGCAAAAGGCUAAAGAUAUUACUAAUCUUCUUCAAGAUGAUGAGCGCCUUACUUCAGAAAGACUUCAAAGAGCUAGUAUGAGAGAUCGAUUAACUGGUCAUAAUGACUUACCUGGUGAUAGAAGUAUAAAUAAUGCAUCACCAAUUUAUGAUCAUCCUGGAAGUUUAGACAAUGAAGAUGAUGAAAUAAAUAAGGCGAUUGCGGAAAGUUUAAAAACGGCAAAAGAAGAUGAGAAAAAUAGCACUAAAGAAGAAGAAGAUUUAAAGAGGGCACUUAAAUUAAGUAAAGAAGAGGAAGAAAAGAGGCAAGCAAUGAUCGAAAAACAAAAUGAAAAUUCAUUAUUUGAUCCCAGGUCAGUUACUACUUUAUAUAUACAACAACAACAGCUACAGCAACAAAAGUUGCAGCGAGCAAAUUUAUACCAAACAAACAAUAGCAUUACUUCUUCUGGAAGUUUGGCAUCUAACUUUAGCUCUCCAAAUUUGACAACCUCGACAACAACGUUUGAUAUAUUUAACGAUAAUCCACAGCCGACAAUCAAAUCUAAUCCUACUGAUGAAAAAUAUCCGCAAUUGGCUGCUCUCAUUGGAAGUUCUGGAGAUGGUAUGGAUACCUUUGGCAAUGUGGGUAAUCUUCGAGUCCCUAUCGGCUCAGGAUUUGCUAAUACUCUUGCUGACCAGUCCUCAAACAAUGUACAUUCUCCGAGACGGUCCAAUUCCACAGGCAAUAUUAGUCAACCAAAUCCAUUUCUCAAUAGUGCCGACACCAAUAAUCUUGGUG